GGACGUCGCUUCCAGUUACUGUUCGGGAGCCCCCGGGGUGUGUGCGCGGCUCCCCGCCCCGCCAAGGGGCCUCCGGGACCCGGCAGACUUCGCCGCCCCUGUCCCCGGUCCGGGGGCAGCGACGUGGGUGCUCGGUGCCCCCAGCGCAGGCAGUUCUGAGAGGGGGCUGUCUGUGCCGUCGCCCCGCUGAAUCCGACACCAGAAACUCUUCUGAGCCCCGCAAAAUCCCUUUGCGUUUAUAACGGAGGCAUUCAGCUGGCGCGGAAAGGAACAAUGGUUUAAGCGUCCUGGAACUGGUCGUGUGUGCUGCUUUAAUGAGCCUUCUCCAUUUUCUCUGCCAUAACGAGCAACAGGAAGACGAAUAGAUUUUUUUUUUAAAGCCACGACAAGCGACUUUAAUGACUGUAUGUGUUCAGGUGUUAACUGGAUUGAUUUAUGUUGACAAGUCAUGGUGGCACCAGAUGCAGCCAGUGGCCAGGGCCCCUUUAAACUGUUUUGAAAUUAUGGAACGGCUGAUGUCUUCAUUCAGAUUAACAUCUGAGUUGGUUUGGCUCCACAAUAAAUGCUAUAGGGACCCCUAGAAGCCUCGAGCUGUUUUGGAGAUUGUGCAACAGUGCUUGGAAAGGUAUCUCCUUUUGCCUCAAUGCUUCACACCCUUCAGAGAGUACUGCAAGGAGGGGAUUAAAGAAGUGUGAUUAAAUCAGACAGCACUGGGUAAUGUGAGGUUGAACUCUUCAUGUGCCCUCCAGGCAAGGUGUGUGUCUAUCAGAUAAGCAAACUAAUCAGCUUUAAACCUAUGUUCCAUCUGGGGCAGAAUCCUUGCUUAAGCACGACAUCUGCAAACCAGCCUCUUCAGUUUUUGGAUACACUUGUACCAACAAAAUCAGCGAGAGCUUGUGGCGCCAAUUUGCCUUCGGUAGUAACAUUUAUUUGUUUUUACUAACAAAUGAUUCCUUCAACAAAAGGGAAUUUACAACAGAGUGGAGUGCAAGUGGGAAGCUCAUUUGUUCUUUGUUUACAUGCAAGGUGAGCUGUGUUGGUCUCUUAUGUAUAGUCUAUAUGCACAGUGCUUGCCAUACGCAUCAGUCAACUGCUGAUCCAAAGAAUAAUGAGCCGAUCAAGACAUGUGGGCAAGAUAAGGAAACGGCUGGAGGAGAUCAAGAAUCAGUCAGUCAGGCCAAUAAAAGCAGAUUUCAGCCACCAUGAAAGUGUAAGACUAGCUACUGAUGCCCUUUUGGAUGGUGGGACUGAAUCCUAUCUCCAAGCCUUAAAUGAAGAAGGAGAGGUGGCUUUUCUGUCAUCCGUGGAAGUUCAGUAUAUCAAGAAAAAUGCCAGAGAGCCUUACUAUGCUAAUGAAUCUCAUGCAGAGAAGGAGACUGGACCAAGGCAGAAUGAUGCUGGCUCUCUUCAGUCAGGAACAUACUUCCCUAUAUCUGAAGGUAGUGAACCAGCCCUGCUUCACACCUGGAGCACAGCAGAGAAGCCCUAUCUAAAGGAGAAAUCCAGUGCCACUGUGUAUUUCCAAACAGAGAAGAACAGCAACAUCAGAGACAUUAUACGCCGCUGCAUCAGCAAGACCAGUCAGGUUCUGGCCAUUAUGAUGGAUGUUUUCACUGAUACUGAGAUAUUCUGUGAUGUGUUAGAGGCAGCUAACAAACGAGGUGUUUUCGUCUAUCUGUUGCUUGAUCAAAGCAAUAUAAAGCUCUUCAGUGAGAUGUGUGAUAAGGUGCAGAUUGGAGAGGAUCACGUCAAGAAUAUUUCAGUCCGAAGUGUUACUGGAGAGGUUUACUGUGCCAAGUCAGGCAGGAAAUUCUCAGGGCAAAUCCAGGAAAAAUUCAUCAUCUCUGAUUGGAGAUACGUUCUCUCUGGAUCAUACAGCUUCACAUGGUUGUGUGGCCAGGUUCACCGGAACUUCCUUUCCAAGUUCACUGGCCAAGUUGUAGAGCUCUUUGAUGAAGAGUUUCGACAUCUCUAUGCUUUGUCCAAGCCAGUGAUGGGACUGAGAUCUCCCACACACACAGUGCCCUUCUUGCUAAACAAGAGUACCACCACCCAAGGCAGCCUCACUAGCAGCAGCAACCAGGGAAGUGCCAAUACUCCUUCAGAUCCAUUCAGUAGCUUGUCGGCUAAUAGCACAUAUCAAACCAAACAACCCUCCAGAACUCACAUGUACAGCAGCAACCCAACAUCACAGUCACCACUUCAUAGAGGUAACUCCUUCCAUGGCUACACCUCAUUCAUGUCAACCCAACCAUGGAAGGCCACCCAAACCAACUAUCAUCAGUGGCAGUUUGGUACUGAUACCCCAGCAGUCCUUUAUAAUAAUGUUAACAUCUACAAACCUAUGCAACUUAGACAAGACAAUGUAAACAGGUCAAGGUUAAACCCAGUGUGGAGAUGCCUUCAUAAAGCUAACCUGAUUACAUAACCACCUUGUUUUGUAUUGCAAAUGUAUUGAAGAUUCAUUUUAGCAAUAGCCUGUUUAAUAAUGAAUACUCAGCAUAGAAAUUAUGUAGAAUACAAAAGGGGGAGACUUGCAAGACUGUGUUCUCUCUUUAUUUUGUUUCAAGCCUUAGGGAUGAUUGUAUGUUUCAGUCACAAAGGACAACCACCACCAAAUGUUUCUCAAAUUAAUAAAACCUAAGUCUGCUAGCACUGAAACCUUGCAUUUAUGAUACCACCAUUUAGGAACAGAAGUAGUAGCAUUGUUUAAAAUGUCGGGUACAUCGAUCUGCCCUUACAUAAUGUAUUUGUGGUCAGGUGGUUAGCAUUGCCAAAUGAAAGUGCAUAAAAUAACAGUUUGAUGAUGAUUUUUA